AUGAAAGUUUUACUCAGAUUUCCUUUCUCACCAUGGCAUGAAGUACUUUGCCAAUUCAAAGUUCCUAAUUCACGGCCAUUAUGCACUGGAAAGGAAUAA